UAGGCUUGUAGCUUCGCUGAAUGAUAAUCCAAGAGACAAAGGGCCAAAGGAGCUUCCAUGUUUUUUUCUUUGAACCCCCUCACCAGGCACCAGAAUUUACACCUUUCCCUUCUUUUCUUCCUUCCCUUCGCUGCGCAGACAGGUCAAUUACAACACUAGUUUGUGACAUUAGGCUUUGGUUUUGAUGUUGGUUUCUCUUGCAAAUCCUAAUUCUCCAUCUGCACUCAAAGGUAGUCCUCAAGUAGGUUUUCUGACCAAGGAGAGGAACAGAUAUGGAAGGAGGGGCUAAGGAUCAGGAGCAGUUGCCUCCCGGAUUUAGGUUUCACCCAACAGAUGAAGAGCUCAUCACUUACUAUUUGAGGAACAAGAUAUCUGAGGCCAAUUUCAGUGCAAGAGCAAUCGCUGAGGUCGACCUCAACAAGUGUGAGCCAUGGGAUCUCCCAGCUAAGGCGAAGAUGGGAGAAAAGGAAUGGUAUUUCUUCAGCCUCCGAGACCGCAAGUACCCGACCGGAGUCCGGACCAACCGAGCUACGAAUGCCGGCUACUGGAAGACAACUGGAAAAGACAAGGAGAUCUUUAACAGCCAGACCUCGGAGCUCGUAGGGAUGAAGAAGACGCUGGUCUUCUACAAAGGGAGAGCUCCUAGAGGGGAGAAGACCAACUGGGUUAUGCAUGAGUACCGCCUGCAAUCCAAAUCUGCCGUCAAAGCCAACAAGCAGGACGAGUGGGUGGUGUGCCGCGUGUUCGUGAAGAGCUCCGGCGGGAAGAAGUAUCCGUCGAGCCAACCCCGAGUCAACCCUUAUCACCACCAGCACCUGGACGUGAUGGCGGUCCAGCCCGACUACGGGGCGCAUGGCCGGAGCUACCUCAUGGCCGGCGCCGACCUCGCCGAGCUGUCCAGGUUCGCAAGGGGCAAUCCCCAGGGCCCGGGACACAACCUCCUCCCCAUCCAACCCCAGCCCCCGAACUGCGCCCCCUUCACGCUCUCGGGCCUCAACCUCAACAUUGGCGCGCCACAGGUCCCAGCUCUAUCCCAUCCGCUCUCGUCGCUGCUCGCCAAUAACAGCAACUGCGUCAUGGCAACGGACGGUGGCUUCGGUGCGGACGUGGUGGUGAGUUCUACCGGGACCGGGGGAAGCUACAACCAGCAAAUGGACCCCUCCGUCGUGUUCGAUCAGGUCUACUGGCCUCCUUACUGAAAAAUGGAUCCCAGCCUCUCUGCUGAUACAUAAGUUGUACUUCGAUGCGAGCUGCUUCUCUCGUUAAUUUGCAUCAUUAGUUGCAGUACUGGAGCUUUUGCUUUAUGCUCUUUUCUUCUUCUCUUAUAUAUUUUAGUUUCUUUGGAAUAUGAUUAGGUUGGAGAAUUAAAUGGCUUACUUUGUUAAAUGGAAACCUUUCUGCUGUUCAAUUAGUGAUCAAUAUGGUUCUCCAUGGCUGAUUGGAGUUAAAA